UUUCAUACUUCAUAAUAUAAUCUCUUUCUAUCUAUAUCUUUCUCUUUCUCUCUCCCUCUCUCUCAUAUUUUACCUGUCACAGUCUUGUUUAUUGCUGCAGAACUCAACAAUCUUUCUGUUUAUCAGAAAGUUUCGCACCUCAUUGUAUUUGUAAGUGAGAGAGAGAGGGGCUAAACUACAAACAAACUACAAAUGGGAAGACACUCUUGCUGCUACAAACAGAAGCUUAGGAAAGGUCUAUGGUCACCUGAAGAAGAUGAAAAACUUUUGAAUCAUAUUACUAACUAUGGUCAUGGAUGUUGGAGUUCAGUUCCUAAGCAAGCAGGUCUUCAAAGAUGUGGUAAGAGUUGUAGGCUUAGAUGGAUUAACUACUUAAGACCUGAUUUAAAAAGAGGUACAUUUUCACAAGAAGAAGAAAAUCUCAUCAUUGAACUUCAUUCAGUACUAGGAAAUAGAUGGUCUCAAAUUGCUGCGCAGUUACCGGGAAGGACCGAUAAUGAAAUAAAGAAUCUAUGGAAUUCUUGCUUAAAGAAGAAACUGAGGCAAAAAGGUAUAGAUCCUGUAACUCAUAAGCCACUUUCUGAAAUUGAGAAUGGAGAAGAAGAUGAUGAAAAAACCAGAAGUCAAGAGAAAGUAACAGAAAUAUCAGAAAGUACUUCUAAGUCAGAUGCAGGUUCUUAUGAGCAAAAACAAUCUUCAGUUGUUGUAAAAGCCUAUGAACCUGAAAUGGAAGUUGAAGGUUCUUGUUCAAAUUCCAACAACUAUUUGAUGGGAAAUUAUCCUAUUCAGAUGAGUUUCACAUCCAAUGAUAAUCUUCCAAACAGUAUUUCAAACUCUUCUACUCAUUGGUUCGACCAAACUGGAUUAAAACCUUUUGGUAUGAAUUCUGAAUUUACCUCAUUUCUACCUAGUUCUUUUUGCUACAAACCAUCUCUUGUCGAUAUUCCGUCAGAAGAUGUUUCGGUUUCUUCGGAUUCUUUUCAUAUGAAGAAUAAUAUGCUAUCUCCUUGGGGAUUGACAGAUUGUGAGACCUCUAUUAAAGAGAAUCAAACAGAAGAAGAAGAAGCUAAGUGGAAUGAGUAUCUUCAAAAUCCAAUGUUAAUGCUACAAAAUCAAGCAUUUGAAGGUUUAUGCAAUCAGAGAAAGCCUGCUACAAAUUUGAGCCAUGAUGAUUAAACAAUGGUGUUAAAGGGGUUCCAAGGGAUUUUAGAUUUGUGUUCUUAAUACAUGUGUAUGAAUGAUUGUGUUAAUUACCAAAAGUUUGCUUUUUCAUAUAGGUUUUUCAAUAGACAUUUAUUUCACUUCUUCAUAUUUGUGAGCCAAAUCAUUUAUCUUAAGUAGAGAAUUGUAAAAUAAGGAUUGUUCUUCUUUGUUUUCUCUACUCUCUUUUCUGUUUCAUUGAUGUAUUUAGGACAUUACAUUUUACAAUGGUGCAUUUUCCAUGUCUA